UUCCCAACGCCACCGUCGAAGCAGAGCAGUGCGUCCCCGCGUCCAUGGCCGUCCCCGCCACCGUUUGGGCCCUCCUCCUCCUCGCCGCCUUCUCCUGUUGCCACGUGGUGGCGAACGGCAGGAGCGCCGCCCAUGGCGUCGGGGUGAACUACGGGAGGGUGGCGGACGACAUCCCGCCGCCGCGGAGGUCGGUGGAGCUGCUUCGCGCGGUGGGGGCCGGGUCGGUGAAGAUCUACGACGGGAACUCCAGCGUGCUCCGCGCGCUGGCGGGGACGGGCAUGCGGGUGUCCAUCAUGGUGCCCAACGAGAUCAUCCCGGGGCUCGCCGCGUCGGCCGCCGCCGCCGACAGGUGGGUGGCGGAGAACCUGGUGCCCUACUACCCGGAGACGCGGGUCAAGUACCUGCUCGUCGGCAACGAGCUGCUCUCCGACUACUCCAUCGCCAACUCCACCUGGCCGCGCAUCGUGCCGGCGAUGGAGAACCUGCACGCGAGCCUCCGCAGGCGGCGGAUCAGCAGCGUGAAGAUUAGCACCACGCUCGCCAUGGACGCGCUCUCGUCGGGGUCGUUCCCGCGGCCGCCGUCGGCCGCGGAGUUCCGCCCCGACAUCGCCGGCGCCGUCGUGCGCCCGCUGCUCCGGUUCUUGAACGGGACCAACUCCUACUACUUCGUCGACGCCUACCCCUACUUCGUCUGGGCCGGCAACAACGAGACCGUCCCGCUCGAGUACGCGCUCUUCCAGGGCGGCGGCCGCUACGUCGACCCGGGAACGGGGCUCACAUACACCAACAUGCUCGACGAAAUGCUCGAUGCCGUGGUGGUCGCGAUGGCGAAGCUGGGAUACGGGGGCGUGAAGCUGGGCAUCGCGGAGACCGGUUGGCCCAACGGCGGCGACUACGAGCAGAUCGGCGGCAACGUCCACAACGCCGCCAUCUACAACCGGAACCUCGCGGCGCGGAUGGCCAAGAACCCCGGCACGCCGGCGCGGCCGGGCGCGAAGAUGCCGGUGUUCGUGUUCUCGCUCUACAACGAGGACCUCAAGCCGGGGCCGGGCACCGAGCGGCACUGGGGGCUGUACUACGCCAACGGCACGGCGGUGUACCCGAUAGACCUCACCGGAGCGCGGCCGUUGUGGUCGUACCCGCCGCUGCCGCCGCCGGAGAACGACACGCCGUACAAGGGCCCCGUGUGGUGCGUGCUCGCCGACCGCGGCGGGAAGCUGAACUUGACGGCGGUGGGGGAUGCGCUGGCGUACGCGUGCGGGCAGGGGAACGGAACGUGCGCCACCAUCCAGCCCGGCCGGGAGUGCUUCCAGCCGAACACCACGGCGGCGCACGCCAGCUACGCCUUCAACUCGUACUGGCAGCAGCUGAGGAAGAACGGAGCAACAUGCUACUUCAACAACCUCGCCGAGGAAACCACUAAAGAUCCAAGCCAUGGAUCAUGCAAGUUCCACAGUUCUUUGGACUAACUGAAUGCUUGGGAGGACAGGAUGAAAACGAACAACAUUGUUCUUGUUUUUGUUUUUUUUUUUUAUCAAACCUGACUAGAUUUAGACCCAGGGAGGUAGUGCCAUUCUUCUGCUUCUGCUCAUCGUCUAGAAAACCGUGAUGUAUCAAGGAAAUUUGCUGUCUGUUUUGCUGGGGCUUAAUUAGUUGAUCUGAUCUUGAAA